CAGUGCCCCAUCAUUGGUGUUAGUGGGAGGAAUAGUGCCCCAUCAUUGGUGUCAGUGGAAGGAAUAGUGCCCCAUCAUUGGUGUCAGUGGGAGGAACAGUGCCCCAUCAUUGGUGUCAGUGAGAGGAAUAGUGCCCCAUCAUUGGUGUCAGUGACACCA